CUCCCAAAUUCUAAACCCUUGCUGCCGCUGCCGCUGCAGGCACCGCUGCUCUUCCUUUCUCUAACCUAUACCAACAAUGGGCAUUAGGGGUUUAACGAAGCUUCUAGCGGAAAAUGCACCAAAGGCAAUGAAGGAACAUAAAUUGGAGAACUAUUUUGGUUGCAAGAUUGCCAUUGAUGCCAGCUUGAGCAUUUACCAGUUUCUUAUAGUGGUGGGUCGUAAUGGGAGUUAAAUGCUAACCAAUGAAGCUGGUGAAGUUACCAGUCAUCUGCAAGGCAUGUUCAAUCGCACAAUUCGACUUCUUGAAGCAGGGAUGCAACCUAUCUACGUUUUUUAUGGACAUCCACCUGAUUUGAAGAAACAAGAGCUGUCAAAACGUUACUCAAAGAGGGAAGAUGCUACCAAGGAUUUGCAUCAAGCCAUGGAGACUGGCAAUAAGGAAGAUAUCGAAAAAUUCAGCAAGCGGACAGUAAAAGUCACAAAGCAGCACAAUGAAGACUGCAAACGGCUAUUAAGACUUAUGGGGGUGCCUGUAAUUGAGGCUCCUUCAGAAUCAGAGGCACAAUGUGCUGCACUUUGCAAAUCAGGAAAGGUUUACGCUGUUGCUUCUGAGGACAUGGACUCUUUAACCUUUGGAGCUCCUAGAUUUCUUCGCCAUUUAAUGGCCCCUACCUCAAGAAAAGUUCCAGUCAUGGAGUUCGAAGUUGCAAAGAUUUUAGAGGAGCUGAAUCUCACCAUGGAUCAAUUCAUUGACUUGUGCAUUCUUUCUGGAUGUGAUUAUUGUGAGACCAUCCGAGGUAUAGGGGGAAAGACAGCUUUGAAGUUAAUUCAUAAACAUGGGUCUAUAGAGCAUAUACUUCAGAACAUAAACAAAGAGAGGUACUCAAUACCUGAUGAUUGGCCAUAUGAAGAGGUUCGAUGUAUUUUUAAAGAACCUUUAGUCUGCGCCAAUAAUAAACAAUUUGAGGUGGAGUGGAGUGCUCCAGAUGAUGAAGGGUUGGUCACCUUUCUGGUGAAUGAAAAUGGGUUCAGUAGUAACAGAGUGACAAAGGCAAUAGAAAAAAUUAAAGCAGCAAGGAACAAGUCAUCACAGGGCGGACUAGAGUCAUUAUUUAUGCCAGUUGCUAACACACCUAUACCAAUUAAACGGAAGGCAACCAGGUGCAUGCUUCAAUAUCCCAAAUCGACUUUCAACUCUAAGAUAUUCUCUUCGCAAGUUGGUACUUGUUCCCGGCCAAAGGGUUUCAGCAGCAUGACACCAUUUCUGUUGCAUUUCAAGAACUCGGAGUUAUUUUCUAGAGGUGUCUGCUCUGCCAUAUGAAGCCGAAAAUCGUGAUGAACCUAAGAGCAAAUACGUGGUCGUCUCAAUUUAGUGAACAUCAAGGGAAGUGCAUGGAAUGCUAUUACUGUGGUUCUCAUGGCCAUUAAUAUUUUAGUAGUGUUAAUAAGACAGGAAAGUGAAUCUAGUACAAGAAACCACGUGCCUCCGGUUUUAUCUGGUUGUUUACUUUGAUAUUUUUGGUAGUCAGCUGUUAACUCUUUGUAGGCGUAGAGCUCUAUUUAUUUGGUGAAUUGUUAGUGUAACAAAGCUGUGUUUGAACUAACAUAACUUCGUUCCAGUUUCUAUUAGAUCUUUUUCAGUAAAAUCCUUCCAUCAGUUGUAGUUUACAUAAGAUGAUUUGUUGUAUGC